AUGGAUCCUAAAGACGAUUCUGAGGUGCCUGUCGCUGCUCCGGAGGGAGAGCGGAGCGCCUUGAGCUCAAGCUCAUCGCAGAGUAGUGCUUCCUCAUCUUCGGGAGAUGAGGAGGGCAUUGCUUCACCGCCACCGAACAAGCGGUCAAAAUGCAGCAGGUCGAAGCAAGUCGUGACGUGUUCGGACCCGCGCAUGGACACGCUCAUACAUCAAGUGAAGUUAAAU